AUGAACACCAAAAGCAGUAUUUUGACAAAGUCAAAACCACUUACCCCUAUUGAAGUAGGAGAUAGUAUUAGAUUUGAACAGGAUGACAAAACUUGGAAGUCUGCUACUGUGCUUUCAAAAGUGGAUGAUAGGUUAUACGUCAUCAAUGCCCCUAAUGGAGAUAAGUUAUCAGAAGGUAAAAGAGCCACACAGUCCACAACAGCACCAUGUUAUCCUCCCUGUGGUGCAGAUAAAGCUGUUGAUGGCGACAGAAACACGUGUAUGAAGGACACCGCUAUAGGCAAAAGAUCUCCAGAAAAAUCCGUAUGGUGGACCGUAGACCUCGGUGGAAAUCACAGUAUUUACAGCAUCAGUAUAGAUUUCAAAGACUAUGGAGUCUACGAGAAUAGACAAAGAAGCCGCUUUGCUGGAUUUUCUAUCUAUAUAUCCAACACACCUAGUAGAGAGGGCAGUAGCCUCUGUUACAAGAACACACUUCCAUUACCUCCCUUAGUGUUUAAUACAACAUGUAUUGGAUAUGGUCGUUACGUCAUCUAUUACAAUGAAAGACUGGACGGAGUUACAUACCCUGAAGAAUACGAAAUUUUAGCUGCUAUUACUGAGUUGUGUGAAGUUAAAGUACAAGGUUGUUCAAAAGUAGGAGUUUAUGGAAGUAACUGUAGCACACCUUGUCCAAUCAAUUGUCAAGAUGGGAGUUGUAACAUUGUCAACGGAUCAUGCCUGGGGUGUGCGCCUGGAUACAUCGGACAAAAUUGCAAAGACGAAUGUGUAUGGGGUCGCCACGGCACAGAUUGUAAAAGACAUUGCUCAGGACAUUGUAAAGGAAACAUUUCAUGUAACCAUGUGACCGGAAUUUGUGAUGGAGGGUGUGCAGCUGGAUGGAUGGGGAAGCAGUGCGAUCAACAUUGUCUCAAGGGAUUCUUCGGACAAAAGUGCGAGGAACAUUGUAGUACAAAUUGUAUCAAUAGAAUAUGUGACCAUAUAACUGGGGCCUGUGUCAAAGGAUGUUUAAAAGGUUACACCGGAAUGAGAUGUUCCAACUGUAAGAAAAUUAAAAGAUAA